AUGGUGGCCAUCAACAGCAGUGAACCCAGUGCCACGUAUUUCAUCUUAAUAGGACUCCCAGGAUUAGAAGAGGCUCAGUUCUGGUUGGCUUUCCCACUGUGCUCCCUCUACCUUAUUGUUGUGCUAGGUAACUUGACAAUCAUCUACAUUGUGAGGACAGAGCACAGCCUACAUGAGCCCAUGUAUAUCUUUCUCUGCAUGCUUUCUGGCCUAGACAUCCUCAUUUCCACCUCAUCUAUGCCAAAAAUGAUGGCCAUUUUCUGGUUCAAUUCCACUACCAUCCAGUUUGAUGCUUGUCUGGUACAGAUGUUUGCCAUCCAUUCCUUAUCUGGCAUGGAGUCCACGGUGCUGCUGGCCAUGGCCUUUGAUCGCUAUGUGGCCAUCUGCCACCCUCUACGCCAUGCCACUGUGCUUACAUUGCCUCGUGUUGCCAAGAUUGGCGUGGCUGCUGUGGUCAGAGGUGCUGCAUUAAUGGCACCCUUACCUGUCUUCAUCAAAAGAUUGCCUUUCUGCCGUUCCAAUACCCUUUCUCAUUCCUACUGCCUACACCAAGAUGUCAUGAAGUUGGCCUGUGCAGACAUCCGUGUCAAUGUCAUCUAUGGCCUCAUUGUUAUUAUCUCUGCCAUUGGCUUGGACUUGCUUCUAAUCUCCUUCUCAUAUUUGCUCAUCCUUAAGACUGUGCUGGGCUUGACACGUGAAGCCCAGGCAAAAGCGUUCGGCACUUGUGUCUCUCAUGUGUGCGCAGUUUUCAUAUUCUAUGUGCCUUUCAUUGGAUUGUCAAUGGUGCACCGUUUUAGCAAGAGGCGUGACUCUCUCCUUCCUGUUGUUAUGGCUAACAUCUAUCUGCUCAUUCCUCCUGUGCUCAACCCCAUCGUCUAUGGAGUGAAAACAAAGGAGAUCCGGCAGCGCAUCCUGCGUCUUUUCCUCACGACCACACACUCUUCAGAUCACUAG